AUGAAUGCUGAUUUGAAGGCGUUGUUCGAGGCGCAGAACGACAUCCAUGGACGAAUGUCCCGCUCCGUGGACAAUCUGCGUAAGAUGGGCGUCUCGAGCAUCACCGCCGAAGCAAUCCAGGCUCGCCUCCGCAUCCUCGAGACGUUAUGGACGAGAUUCGAGGCCCAUCACGACCUCAUCGUGGCGGCUCUAAAAGACAAAUAUCUCGAAAGUGAGUACCCAAAAGCAGAUUUUAUCGAUACUGCGGAAACCACUUACGUGACACAACGGAGCAUGUUAGUCGAUUACGCUAACAAGCUCAAGGGCGAGAAGCACGCCACGCUCAAAGGCGAGUCCUCUCCAGAGCAGGCUCCUAAGACGUCGUUGCCGCGCAUCAAACUCCCGACGUUCUCUGGGUCCUACGAAGAAUGGCCCUCGUUCCGCGAUCUCUUCCUGUCCGUCAUCGGGGAGAAUGCGUCAGUCUCCGACAUCGAGCGCUUCCACUAUCUCCGGUCUUGCGUCAAGGGACCCGCUGAAAGGUUGAUCAAAUCUUUGACUGUGACCGGUGACAAUUAUCAGCGCGCGUGGGUGAUUCUGUGCAGACAUUUCGAAAACAAAAGAGAGUUCAUUCGCUCUAAUUUCGCCGCGUUUACCUCGGUCCCGAAGAUGAAGUGCGAGUCCGCGGAAGAACUCGGUCGCAUACACAACGCCGUUACGACCGCCGUGAACGCGCAGGAGAGUAUCGGGAGGCCCGUCGACUCCCAUGGUAUGGACCUCCUCAACUUCCUCACUAUCGAGCUCUUCGAUUCGCGCACACGGAUGGAAUGGGAGUCCUCGAUCAGCGACUCCACUGAUCCGCCAGACCACGACACUCUCGUCAAUUUCAUCGCGAAGCGCAUUCUCACUCUGAACGCUGCGAAACCGAGAGUAUCGUCAAGGACCGCUGAAAGUGCGCCGCGAACUGCGAAGGCUCACCACUCGAAGACCGGCUCCGACUAUUCAAAGUGCGCACUGUGCCAAGGAAAGCACACGCUCAUGGUGUGUGGCGACUUCAAGGCGAAGUCCGCGAGCGAUCGGAAGUCCUUCGUAGAACAAAACCGACUGUGCUAUAACUGUCUCGAGAAUCACUUGAUCUCCAAAUGCCAGUCCGUCAAAACCUGUUUCACGUGCAAAGGCAAGCACCACUCUACACUGCACGACGCGUAUAGUUCGUCCUCUUCCAAGGAGGUAAGCGCGCUAGCUGCGAUGCACUCCUCGUCCGAGCGCAAGGCGAUCCUUCUCGCGACAGCUCGCCUGCUCAUCGCCGACCGCGCCGGGCAUCUUCACCCAGCUCGGGCGAUGCUCGAUCAAGGCUCCGAGGUGUCGAUCGUCUCGGAGGCGCUGGUCCAACGCCUGAAGCUCCCCCGCACAAGCUCUUCGGUGUCUAUCAUCGGCAUCGGCGGGGCUCGAUCCGGGUCAACCCGCGGCAGAGUGGCGCUCAACCUCUCCUCCACGGCCACGGGAACCAAGCUGAAAGCGGUCGCCUUCGUGCUGCCGCGACUGUCGGCAUAUCAGGGGUCUUCGGUAGCCAACCUCUCCUCCUGGCCUCACGUCCGUGGCCUCGAGCUCGCCGACCCCCGAUACCAGGAGCGCGACCCAGUCGAGAUACUGCUGGGUGCGGAAGUCUGCUCGACCAUCUUGGAGGCCGGGCUCCGCAAGGGUGGUCCGCGUGAGCCAGUCGCACAGAAGACGGCCCUAGGAUGGAUCCUGUCGGGAGGAUCUAGCUCGGCGUCCUUCCAGGGUCCCCGGAGCUCCCUGCAAUGCACGGUGGACCCAGAAUUGAACAAACUUGUACACAGCUUCUGGGAGCAGGAGAAGGAAUUUCCUCCCCCCGUCGCACUCACGCCGGAGGAGGAACAGUGUGAGACCCUCUUCACGCGCACUUACCAGCGGACUGCAUCCGGUCGGUACGUUGUACGUCUUCCGUUCUCUUCCUCGCCAACGUCGCUUGGUGAGACUCGAAAAUCCGCUGAACGCCUCCUGAACGCCAUGGACCUCCGGUCCAAGAGAGAUCUUGAGUUCGGUGCCAAGUAUCGGGAAUUCAUGCAAGAGUACGAGGACCUGGAACACAUGAGUCCUGUGAGCACGACUCGUACAGCAGCAUGCUACCUACCUCACCACGGAGUCCUCCGCCAGUCCAACUUCGGCUCCAAGCUCCGGGUGGUAUUCAAUGGAUCGCAACGCAUCACCUCGGGGGACUCUUUGAACAGCCACCUGAUGGUCGGCGCCAACCUGCUUCCGGCCUUGGCUGACAUUCUUCUCCGCUGGCGUCGGCACCGCUUUGUAUUUGUCACGGACAUCGAGAAGAUGUUCCGGCAAAUCCUCGUCCACCCCGAAGAUCGCCGCUUCCAACGGAUUCUCUGGCGCCCGAGAGUCUCUGAAAAGACGCAAGAAUAUGAGCUCAACACCGUCACCUACGGGCUCGCCUGUGCGCCGUUCCUCGCCGUCCGCACACUCCGCCAACUGGCUACUGACGAGGAAGCACGAGGUCCAAGGGGGGCCCUCGCUCUACGCCAUGAUUGCUACAUGGACGACGUCAUAACGGGAGCCGACUCCCUGCAAACAGAGCUCCGGGAGCUUUGCACGGCGGGCGGGUUUCCGCUGCGGAAGUGGGCCGCCAACAGCGAAGCCAUCCUUGAAGGAGUGCCCUCUGACCACCGGCUGCAGCUAGCGCAUCACUCCUGGGAGAACGAGGUGCAUUCCACCUUGGGCCUGCGCUGGCAUCCCGCCAGCGACGACUUCUCCUUCACGAUCCAGGCUCCAGUCACAGGCGGAUACACCAAGAGGCGAGUCCUGUCAGAGACGGCGCGGUUGUUCGACCCUCUAGGAUGGCUAGCUCCUGUCAUCAUCCGCGCCAAGAUUCUAAUACAGUCUGCAUGGCUGAAGGGGCUGGAUUGGGACACCCCGCUCCCAACCGAGGACGCCCAGUCCUGGCAGCGUCUCCUCUCCGAGCUCCAUGUGUUGGGGCGCCUCAGGAUGGAGCGCUGGCUAGGGACGACUCACCAGGCUUCGCAGAUUGAGAUCCACGGAUUCGCCGACGCGUCCGAACGUGGCUUUGCUGCCGUCGUCUACCUCCGCGUGACCACUGCCGACGGGACGGCCACUCAUCUUCUCGCCGCCAAAACCAAGGUCGCUCCCAUAAAGCCCGUGACUCUCCCGCGGCUGGAACUUUGCGCUGCCUCCUUGCUCGCGAAUCUCACGUGCCAUCUCCGGACUUCACUAGAUAUACCGUCAGCACCGGUAUACCUCUGGUCCGACUCCAGGGUCGCCCUCCACUGGAUCAAGGGUCACGCCUCGCGAUGGAAGACCUACGUGGCCAAUCGGGUGUCGCUGAUUCAACAGCGGCUACCCGAAGCACAGUGGAGGCACGUUCCUGACCAGGAUAAUCCAGCCGACUGCGCAUCCAGAGGAAUCGCCCCGAGGGAUUUGGUGGACCACCCCCUCUGGUGGAGUGGCCCCGACUGGCUCCCCAGGGACUCGUCGCUAUGGCCAGACCAGGACAACCAGACCAUGAUGGGCGAGGUCCCUGAAAUUAAAAGAACUAUAUUAGUCGCCACAUGCAGGGACAAACCGGAGCCGGAACUUCUUCUCCAGUUUUCCUCUCUACACCGACUCUUACGUGUGUCUGCAUGGUGUUUCCGCUGGCGGCCAUCCGGUCGUCAUCCUCUCAGCGCCGUUCUGCUGCCGAGCGAACUUGACGUCUCUCUCUUCCGCUGGCUCAGAGUCGUCCAAGGGAUCCAUUACGCCGCUGAGAUCGCUGCCACUCGAGAAUCUCGCUCGAUGCCCAAGGGCGGCCACCUGGCUAAGCUGCACCCCUUCAUCGACAGCCAAGGAAUCCUCCGCGUUGGGGGUCGCCUGAAACACGCGAUAUUGACCUACGAUGAGCGUCACCCCAUGAUAGCGCCUCCAGCUUCAUGGCUUACCCAGCUCAUCGUAGAGUCUUGCCACCGACGGACGCUGCAUGGAGGCACGCAGCUCACACUGGGACUUCUCCGCCUCCGCUUCUGGGUGCCGCGAGGUCGAGCCGUGGUCAAGCGGAUCCUACACCGAUGCGUGACGUGCGUUCGCUGGCGAGCCAACACUCCGCGGCCUCUGAUGGGCGAUCUCCCGCCAGGUCGGGUUACUCCAGCGCGCCCUUUCCUGAGGACAGGGGUCGAUUACGCCGGUCCGAUAUUCCUCCGCACAUCCAAGGGGCGAGGACAGCGAGCACACAAGGCCUUCAUAGCCUUAUUUGUCUGCCUUUGUUCCAGAGCGACUCACCUGGAAAUAGUGUCCGACUACUCCACGGACGCAUUCCUCGCCGCAUUCCGCAGGUUCAUCUCCCGUCGAGGCCUAUGCGAGGAAAUGUACUCCGACUGCGGCACCAACUUCGUCGGAGCGGACAGGCAGCUGCGAGAGUUCUUCCGUGCGUCUUCCCCCGACGGCCGUCGCAUCGCGCAGGGAAUCACCAAGGAGGGCGUAUCCUGGCGUUUCAAUCCUCCUGCCGCGCCGCACUUUGGAGGGCUAUGGGAGGCCGCGGUGAAAUCGACCAAGCAUCACCUGCGACGAGUGAUCGGAGAGUCUACUCUCACCUUUGAGGAGAUGAGCACUCUCCUAGCGCAAAUCGAGGCUUGCUUAAACUCUCGUCCGUUACAGGCCUUGUCGGAUGAUCCGGAUGACCUGUCCGCCUUGACUCCAGGUCACCUCCUCAUAGGCGCUCCGCUGUUGGCAGUUCCGGAACCUUCGCUGGCAGAUCAGUCACCGAACUCGCUGUCGCGAUGGCAGCUACUCCAGCAAAUGCGUGACCACUUCUGGCAGCGAUGGUCACAGAAGUACCUCCACGCCUUGGCACCUCGGUCGAAAUGGCUCAAGGCCGAGCCAGCACCAGAAGUCGGAGCACUGUGCCUCAUCCGCUCGGAGUCCACCUCGCCCACCCAUUGGCCCCUCGCGAGAAUUACCCGGUUACACCCCGGAAGCGACGGAACGGUCCGCGUCGUGACCGUCCGAACCUCCACCUCGGAAUUCGUCCGGCCGGUGGUGAAACUUGUCCUCCUGCCGGGGGUCAAGGAGGCUCACGCGUCCGCGAACGAAUAG